AUGACGCCAGAAUAUUCGACAAUAGUCGCAUAUAGUGCACAGUUUGAACGUGGUGAUAUCCAGAGUAUAUUACUUGGUGAUAACGGUUAUCCAUGCCGUCAACAUCUACUGACACCAGCAAUUGAUCGCAAACCCAACCGCAAACUACCGCAACGCAGAUCAGAUAACUGA